UUUCCCCUGCUGCAGUGAUCAAGUAUGCGACCGCGCGUGCUCAUCUAUCAAACUAUGCAACUACCUCCUUCCUACCUAUCUACCCUGCACCCUCUUUCAAUGCUCUCUAAGCCGCCCUUCUUUUAUUUACUCCUAUAUAUCAUCAUCUAACUCCAACCCUUCUAUCCCACCACCACCUCUUCUUCAUUUCAUUCCAAUAUUUCUCACUCUAGCUACCAUCUCUCUAAUCACAAAAUUACAAUCACAAAAAAACUCACACAAAACAACAACAACAACACCUUAACUUCUCAAAACUCAACAUCCAUGGCACCUUCAUUCGACAUAAGCACUCAUACAGUAUGUGUAAUGGAUGCUUCAGGCCAACUAGGCUUUCGCCUCGUCCAGAAACUCCUCCAAAGAGGCUACACCGUUCAUGCCUCCAUUCAAAAAUAUGGGGUUGAUAAAGAGAUGUUCAAUGAAAUUUCAGCUGAUUCUGAUAAACUCAAGGUUUUCCGAUCAGAUCCUUUUGAUUACCACAGCUUAAUUGAUGCUCUCAAAGGCUGCUCUGGCUUGUUCUACACAUUUGAACCUCCCUUUGACCAGCCAGAUUACGAUGAAUUCAUGGCGGACGUGGAGGUAAGAGCUGCACACAACGUGCUCGAAGCUUGUGCGCAGACGGAAACAAUGGAUAAAGUAGUUUUCACAUCCGCAGCAACCGCAACCGUUUGGAGGGAGGAUCGUAAAACCAUGGAACUAGAUUUAGAUGAGAGGCAUUGGAGUGAUGUCAAUUUCUGUCGUAAAUUCAAGUUAUGGCAUGGCAUGUCAAAGACACUGGCAGAGAAGACAGCGUGGGCCUUAGCAAUGGACAGAGGAGUGAAUAUGGUUUCCAUAAACUCAGGUUUGGUAAUGUCUCAUGAUCUCUCCAUCAAGAACCCUUAUUUGAGAGGCGCAGCUGAGAUGUACGAGGAUGGUGUGUUUGUGACCGUUGAUUUGGAAUUCUUGGUGGAUGCCCACAUCUGUGUCUACGAGGAUGUCUCAUCCUACGGUCGUUAUUUGUGCUUCAACCACAUCAUCAACACCCAAGACGACGCCGUUCAGCUCGCUCGCAAGUUAACGCCAGCUGCUUCUUCCUCCAUGCCUCAAAGUGAUGACCAUGGUAAGAGUUUCAUAGAGCAGAGAAUAAGCAACAAAAAGUUGAAUAAAUUGAUGGUUGACUUUGAGGCUUGAUGACUAGAAUGGUGAAUUGGCGAUGGUACCCUUUUGGAGUUAUUUUAGAGCAAUAACCUUAGCUGCUCUGCGUGAAAGCUAUUCAUAUGUACAAAUGUUGUAUGUAUGCUCCCAUACUAUUAUAUAAAUACUAUGUAACAAAUUCAAGUUCUUUAAUAAAAUAUUCACUUAUUUGUUUA